UUGCUUGAGGUGAACGAUCUCAGAAAGUAUUUUCCGAUACAGAAAGGCAUCUUUCAACGCACUGUCGGUUACGUCAAAGCGGUCGAUGGUAUCAGCUUUGAUGUCCAGCGCGGUGAAACGCUGGGUCUCGUCGGUGAAAGUGGCUGCGGGAAAACCACAGCAGGACGAUGCCUACUCCGAUUAAUUCCACCCACAAGCGGGAGUUUCCUUUUUGGUGAGGAAGAGGUAGAUUUAGCGAAAUUGAACCAUCGAGAGAUGCGUCCCUAUCGUAGACGUAUCCAGAUGAUCUUCCAAGAUCCACACGCAUCGCUCAAUCCACGAAUGACGGUGGGAGACAUCGUCGGAGAACCGAUGCGCGUCAAUCAGACCGCAAAAGGGACAGCACUUCAAGACCGAAUUGUUGAACUACUGGAAUCUGUGGGCUUGAGAUCGCAGGAUAUGCGCCGAUACCCACAUGCCUUCAGUGGCGGACAACGUCAACGCAUCGGUAUUGCGCGGGCGUUAGCACUUCAGCCUGAACUCAUCGUCGCAGAUGAACCAGUCUCGGCAUUGGAUGUUUCCGUCCAAGCACAAAUUCUCAAUCUGCUGGCGGAGCUCCGUGAGAAGUUCCAGCUCUCUUAUAUCUUUAUCGCACACGAUCUGAGUGUCGUUGAGCAUAUCAGCGACCGUGUCGCAGUUAUGUAUCUCGGCAAAAUUGUGGAGAUCAGCGAUGCUGAAACCCUCUAUCAAUCGCCGAAGCACCCCUACACCGAAGCGUUGAUAUCCGCGGUGCCACUUCCAGAUCCAAGAGCGCAGCGCAAGCGUGAACAUAUCCGUCUUGAAGGGGAUGUCCCCGACUCAUCUCAACCGCCUACUGGAUGCUAUUUUCAUCCCGCGGUGCCGUUACGCAACCGAUAUAUGCAAACAGGAAACCCCUGA